UGGCAGUAUGAUGGGGGAGGAGCCAGGUAACACCACUUGACUACCCCAGCUGACAUUAUCUUCAACCCAGUAGUAGUUUUACUGUGAGUGUAGUGCCAACCUAGUUAUCUGCACUGUGCAACUCUCAGACUUGCAGUGUAUCUCUAGUGUGUUAUAGUGGCAGUGGUUCAACAUGUCUAUAGUGAUGAUGAGGAGUGUGAGAGGAUGGGGUGUUGGUGUCUGGGCUGCUCAACACAAACACACUCUGGCUCCAGAACAGUCCCAGCAGGGUCAGCAGCAACCACAGCAGCAAAAGCAGAAGAUGCACCAGGCAGUUAGUGGAAUGACCAUUGCACGACCAUCAUGCAUACCCAUGCCACCAAAUGUAGAGGAGAUUCAGGCAUCAGAGAAGGCUCGUUUUUCUCGCCGUCGCACCAGAGAUAUUUCUUCCAAAUUGAAUCAGAUGGGCAGCUUGUUUGGCUCAGGAUUCAUGGGUGAUCAAGGGUCACGAGGUGCCUUUAACACUGGAACACUCCCUGUUGACUCUCAUGUUGAUGUUUAUGAUUCACGCAUCACAGUUUCUCUGUCUUCUGUGAUGCAGACAAAUGUGCCCAAGCCUUUUGAAAUCUCUGGGAAGGCCCCAGUGCAUCUGAACAUGCCAGGUGGCCAGUGGGCUCAGGAUGACAAGUAUGUCUCUGGUGACCUCCAGGACUGCCACCACUCCAUCAUCGUCUCUAAGAAAAAUUCAGGUACUACCCUCCUAACUCUUGGCAGUUUGGUACUUGGAUCCCCCAUGAAGUGUGUUAAUUUGUCAAGACAAAAUGGACUUUGUCCUAGAGGACUGAUGACAGCCUGUGGGAGCAAUAGAAUAGACAGUUUAAACUUUCCAUGGAUUUCCUCCCAUGUUAACAGUGUGUGCCUCAUUUCUAACAAUUCUUCAGCAUGUCACAGAAUUGUGUAUGGUAGAGGUUCACAGAGGUGUAGCAGAUAUUUUAACACAUGUGCAGUGUGCAACAACCAAGACAGUCAGUCUGUUGAGACAAAAAGCAGUGGGAAUCCUAAGGGUCAGCUGACAUCGAAGCAGAAAUUACAGCGAGCUGUAAAAGAAUAUGGAGCGACAGUCAUUGUGUUUCAUGUCACAAUUUCACUAGCCUCUCUGGGAAUCUGCUACUUACUGGUAUCUAGUGGAGUAGAUAUGACUGGGGUGAUUGAGAGUCUGGGAAUCAACAUAGGGAAGUUGACUGAGGUAGCAGUUACUGGAGUCACUGAAACUUCAACUACUGUGGCCAGUGUACCAGAAGCUGUGACUUUGGAAAGCCUUCAGAAGGACAGUGUGGCAGAAGUUGUUGCAGAAGAUGUAGCUAGUGGUAUUGAUGUAGAUACAAAUCCAGUAAGUGUAAAUGAUAGAGUUGCAGGUGCUGCCACUUUUGUGGUUGCAUAUGCUGUUCAUAAAGUAUUUGCUCCAGCACGGAUAGCCAUUACGCUGACUGCUACUCCUUUUAUUGUUAGGCAUCUACGAAAAAUAGGGUUUCUGAAGCCCCCAAAGCCCAAGUUGAGUUAAGGCUUUUAAGUUUAAAUAUAUUGUAGUACAAGUUAUUUUUAAAGCUUACUAGUACACAGUGUAUAUCUCUUGGAAUCUGAACCAUUGUAAAUUCCUAGGCUAGUUUCUCAUUCUUCUGGAAUUAUGAAUUCUGUCUUCUGCUUGGAGGCCUCACUUACCUUGAUUUUGUUUAGUCACUAAGGAUAUAUAAGGAAACAAUGUUAGGUAAAAGUCACAUGUGUGACUAAUGCACAUGUGUCCUUUUGCCUAAAGUGUUGUCGGUAAUUCUACUAACAUUAUUACAAUAGGGAAGCAAGUUUGCUUAUCAGUCACCUGUAUUCUGCUUACCAACCUUUUUAGUAGACUUUGUUGCCAACUUGUAAAAAUUAAAACAAAAUUUUUACAUUCCUUGACUGAUGAACAAAACUCGAAUACAAAUAACAAAGAGGAAAAGUUUAUAACAUAAAUGAAUCUUUAUUAUGAAGUUCGUACAGUUGAAAGAAUCCUCAUUCCUUGACAUGCAAUGUGUUAAAAAAAAAAAACUUUUAGCCAAACAGUGCCAGUGUACCACACAUACAAAACUGUCAUACAAACAAAUGCAUUUAGUCCAAAUAGAGGUAAAAUUCAAUUCAAUCUUAAAUCCUAUGCUGUUUGCACACACGCUAACCAGACUUGAAAAGCAAAUCGCUUCUCUUGACUCUUGCCCAAAAAAAUAUGAGCAUAUCAUGUACUGUAUACACCAAAGACAUGUUUCAUUUGACACCCCCCCCCCAAAAAAAAAAAGAAUUAUGCAUUGGACAAAUAGUAAAUCUUAUUUCUUGGGUUGAGUGCUUUGUUAGUGGGUUGUCGUGAGGACCUGCCUAGUUGGGGUCAACAGGCCGGCUGCAGUGUUCCUUUCUUAUGAGUCGGAUGUCAUCACGCGUCAGGUGUUUGCUUUGUUGUGGGAUGUGAUGGCAAGAUGUGGUGUCGACCUUUAUAUGCCUUCCUUUGAUGUAUUGUUUUUAUAGUUCUUUGAUAAUGUGAGAAGUCACGAAAGUGCUUGGAAUUUCACUAUUUUUUCACAGUGGUUGUUUUGCAUAUUCUGAAAUCACCUGUUGACUGUGAUUGCACACAGGCACACACAUAUAUCUUCAUGGGGAAGUGGAACAGAAUUCUUCCUCUGUAAGCCAUGUGUGUCGUAAGAGGCGACUAAAGUGCCGGGAGCAAGGGGCUAGUAACCCUUUCUCCGUAUACAUUAAUAGUUAAAAAGAGAAACUUUUUUUUUUUUUGUCUGCUCUGCUUUGGUGGGAUAUGGCUGGUUUGUUGAAAGAAGAAGAAAGAAUGUACGUGUGUAUUUGUGUGUGUAUGUGUUGUUGUACUCGCCUAUAUGUGGUUACAGGGGUUGAUUCACAGCUCCAUGUGUAGAGGUGUGGGUGUCUGUGGGGAGUUUAUUUUAAUUUGAAGGACUUUUAUUCAUGAAGACAAAUACAAGUUGCAAGCUUUUAUUGGAACUUUGUUUCACUGUGUGGAGCUUUAUCAGAGUUGUCCCAAUAAAUGUUUGUUCUGCAACUUGUCUUUGUCUUCAUAUUUGUUAACUAUAUGGCAUUUCAUCCAGAUAUUCACACAAAUAUAUUAACCGGCUAUGAAUGUUUCGUGGUUGACAUGAGUGAUGUAUACAUCUUUAAUUAUGAUGCCCUUGUUCUUGUUAACCUGUUAAAGGUCAAUAUUAUGGUGAAAUAAUCUUAAACGUUACAGUACUUUGUGUAACCUAUCAGAAACAAACUUCGCAAUAAUUCCUUUACUGAAGGAAAAAGGUUUUGUGCCGCAGUGAGAUCUGAUGACCAUUGAGAAUACACUAUCUCCUGCUCACAUAUUUAGUGUACAGUAUUAUAGUGCUAUAAGUCCUCUUUUCUACUUUGUACCAGUUUUUACUCUUUCGCAUUGCUAGUUAUCAGUAACAAACAAUGAAGAUAUAAUUCUGGCUAGGCAAACACCAAUGUUGUUGUUAGCCAAGCUAGUACUUUUCCAGCAAGCUGUUGGCUUGUCAGGUGCUUAACACAAGAAGCAUUUGCAAGGGGUAAAAUAUGCUGAACUUGCUUAUAACUAUCACCAAAUAGGGAAAUUUCUAAAUACAAGUACAGUACAGUGUAUUGAAAACCCUGCUAUAGAGGAAUGGUCACUAGUUUAACCAAUGUAGGACUAGCACCAUAAUGUUCUAGGUACAGUCAAACCUGUUUUCAUAUGGCCUAGUUUUCGUACGAUUCAGUUUUUGACGA